AUGGCUCCCGGCUUGACAGAAGAGACCCCCCUUCCCAUCAACGGAUCAAAGGGCGCGAACGUCGAGUUCCAAGACGGACCCGCGCCCGCGAAGAAGGGCAAAUACAAUGCCAUUCCCGGCCCCUUGGGUCUGGCAUCCGCCUCCCUCGAGGGCAAGGUUGCGCUGGUGACCGGUGCUGGCCGUGGCAUCGGCCGCGAGAUGGCGCAGGAGCUGGGGCGCCGCGGGGCCAAGGUCAUCGUCAACUACGCCAACAGCAGCGAGUCUGCCGAGGAGGUCGUGGCCGCCAUCAAGGAGGCCGGGUCCGACGCCGUGGCCAUCAAGGCCAACGUGUCGGACGUCGACCAGAUCGUGUCGCUGUUCGAGCAGGCCAAGCAGGUCUGGGGCCAGCUGCACAUCGUCUGCUCCAACAGCGGCGUCGUCUCCUUCGGCCACGUCAAGGACGUCACCCCGGAGGAGUUCGACCGCGUCUUCGGCAUCAACACCCGCGGCCAGUUCUUCGUCGCCCGCGAGGCCUACAAGAACCUCGAGGAGGGAGGGCGCCUCAUCAUGAUGGGCUCCAUCACGGGCCAGGCCAAGGGCGUCCCCAAGCACUCCAUCUACUCCGGGUCCAAGGGCACCAUCGAGACCUUUGUGCGCUGCAUGGCCAUCGACUUUGGCGACAAGAAGAUCACCGUCAACGCCAUCGCCCCGGGUGGCAUCAAGACCGACAUGUACCACGCCGUCUGCAGGGAGUACAUCCCCGGCGGCACCACGCUCGACGACGACAGUGUCGAUGAGUAUGCUGCCGGCUGGUCACCGCUCCACCGUGUCGGUCUCCCCAUCGACAUCGCCCGCGUCGUCUGCUUCCUCGCCUCGCAGGAUGGCGAGUGGAUCAACGGCAAGGUUCUCGGCAUUGACGGCGCCGCGUGCAUGUAA